AUGGGCGACACACUUAAAGACGUCAAGGCUCUGAUGGAAAAAUUGGCCAGCGCUUACAAUCGGGAUGACAUCUCAACCUGCGCGUCGCUUGUUUCGCAACUCAAGCUGAAGCUAACAUUGCUGCCAUCUCUACCCCCGCUGUACCAGCAGUCGCCCACGGCUCAGGAAGAGCUCCUUCUUGCACGCGAUGUGAUGGAGCACGCGGUGCUACUGAGCGUAAAGCAAAAGGACGAGGCUCUCUUUGAGCGCAACUACCUGCAGCUACGCACCUACUACACUGACACCAGGAGCAUCCUCCCUGCUUCUGAGAACGAGCCUGUCAUUUUGGGCCUGAACCUGCUGCGCCUGCUGGUAGCGAAUCGCAUUGCAGAGUUCCACACUGAACUGGAGCUCUUGCCAGAGGGCCUGGACGAGAAUCCGUGUGUGAAGACAGCAGUGCAGCUGGAGCAGGCACUCAUGGAGGGGGCGUAUGCACGUGUGCUCACCACACGUCAUGCGGCGCCGCACUCACUCUUUGCCCACUUCCUUGACCUGCUCAUGCGGACUGUCAGAGAUGAGAUAGCUGGGUGCAGUGAGAAGGCAUACGAAUCCCUUGAAAUCAAGGAUGCAUGCCAACUGCUCAUGUUCACCAAUGAAGCAGAGCUGAAGCCCUAUGCUGAACAGCACAACUGGGAGGUGCGUGAUGGUUCUGUAUACUUUCAGCGCCCACAGCAGCAGCAACCACGUGAUAGAAUGCCAUCCAUGCAGCUUGUACCGAACACCGCGUCUGAUGAUGACCUAAAGAAGGCGUAUAGAAAGUUGGCGAUGAAAUGGCAUCCAGACAAAAAUCCCACCUGCAAGACAGAAGCGGAGGCGAAAUUUAAGGAGAUCUCUGAAGCGUACGAGGUACUCAGUGAUGGUCAGAAGAGAGCAGUGUACGAUCAAUACGGGGAGGAGGGACUUAAAGGACAAGUACCGCGUCAAGGAACUCCAAGUCAGCCAGGAACUUCACACGGCCCAACUUCCAGCACCCCGAAUCCUCAUGGCACCCCGAAUCCUCACGUUAAUAAGUUUAAUCCGCGGAGCGCGGAAGACAUUUUUGCAGAGUUCUUUGGCAAGAACCCAUUCAUGUCAGAAAGCAGUAGCUUCAGAGGCUCAAAGUCUGGUUCCUCGUUCCCUGGCGACCAUUACGGAUCCCCAGUGCAAGAACCGGCGGUGGUGCAUGGUCAUUACGUGGAUCCCAACUCCCCCGCACCUAAGAAAGGUGCACCUGUAGAGAACCGGCUGGUUUGCUCCUUGGAAGAGCUUUACUCGGGCUCGACGAGGAAAAUGAAGAUCUCUCGAAAUAUUGUUGACACUGCUGGGAAAAUCACCCCAGUGGAGGAAAUACUGACUAUCAACGUGAAACCAGGAUGGAAAAAGGGGACCAGGAUUACGUUCCCUGAGAAAGGGAAUGAGCAGCCAGGUCUAGUUCCUGCGGACCUGGUUUUUGUCAUAGAGGAGAAGCAGCAUGAGUUCUUCAAGCGGGAGGGCAUUGAUCUUGGAGGGGAUGCCAGGGAAGGAGUUGGGAAAGCGUGGCAACCUUAG